CGCUCUUUUUCUGCGAGCACGUGUACGAGAAGGUAGUGUUCUGGUAGCAAAAUCGUAAGAAUAUAUAAAAAAAUAUGUCAGAAACUUCAGAAGAGGAGCAAGCAGAGCUACAAACAAGUGAAGAAGAGGAUGACGAAGAAUUGAGCGGUGCUGAAGACGGCGAUGACGCUGCUUCUGAUGAAGAAAAUGGUUCCGAAGAAGAGGAUCAGGCUGAGAGCGACGCUGAGGCAGGCUCUGAACAUGAAGGCGACGAAGACAAGCCAGCAGAAAAUGAAAAAGCACUAACCUGGAAAGAUCUUGGUCUGAAUGAUACGUUGUGCCAGGCGUGCGAGGAACUCAAAUGGAAAGCACCUUCUAAGAUACAAAAGGAGGCUAUACCUGUUGCCUUACAGGGAAAAGAUGUAAUAGGACUGGCUGAAACAGGUUCGGGCAAAACGGGUGCAUUUGCUCUGCCCAUAUUGCAUGCGUUGCUUGAGAAUCCGCAGAGAUAUUUUGCGCUUGUGCUAACGCCAACACGUGAGUUGGCCUUCCAAAUUGGAGAACAGUUCGAGGCACUGGGCGUCGGCAUUGGCAUCAAGUGCUGUGUCAUAGUUGGUGGCAUGGACAUGGUGGCUCAGGGUCUACAAUUGGCUAAAAAGCCACACGUAAUAAUUGCAACACCCGGUCGUCUAGUGGACCAUCUUGAGAACUUAAAAGGCUUCAACUUAAAGGCAAUUAAGUACUUGGUUAUGGACGAAGCCGAUCGCAUACUUAACAUGGACUUUGAAGUGGAGCUGGAUAAAAUAUUAAAAGUGUUGCCCCGCGAGCGACGCACAUUUCUGUUUAGCGCCACCAUGACAAAGAAAGUGAAAAAGCUACAGCGUGCCUCGCUUAAGGAUCCCGUCAAGGUGGAGGUGUCCAACAAAUAUCAGACAGUCGAUCAGCUGCAACAGUACUAUCUAUUCAUACCCGUUAAAUACAAGGAUGUCUACCUGGUGCACAUACUCAAUGAGCUGGCUGGUAAUAGUUUUAUGAUAUUUUGCAGCACCUGCAAUAAUACUGUAAAGACGGCGUUAAUGCUGCGCGCCUUGGGCUUAGCGGCCAUACCACUGCAUGGACAAAUGUCACAGAACAAACGUUUGGCGGCUUUGAAUAAAUUCAAAGCGAAAAAUCGUUCCAUUUUAAUAUCAACCGAUGUGGCCUCGCGUGGUUUGGACAUACCACAUGUAGAUGUGGUUAUUAACUUUGAUAUACCGACACAUAGUAAGGACUAUAUACAUCGUGUGGGACGCACAGCACGUGCUGGACGCUCGGGUCAAGCCAUUACUAUGGUUAGUCAAUAUGACAUAGAGUUGUAUCAGCGCAUAGAGCACUUGCUAGGAAAGCAAUUGCCUCUGUACAAAUGCGAGGAGGAUGAAGUGCUGGCGUUGCAGGAGCGAGUGGCUGAAGCUCAGCGCACUGCAAAACUAGAGCUUAAGGAUUUGGAGGAUUCCAAGGGCUAUAAGGGUGGCAAAAAGCGCGCUGUAGACGUUGAUGACUCUGAGCAGUUUACAGGUGCGCGCAAGCGCAUGAAGCCAAUGGGCAAAGGCAAGAGCCAAAACCACGGCAAAGCAGGCCCAGGCGGCAAAAAGAAUUGGAGCAGAGGCAAAAAACGAAAUUAAUUUCCAAGCUAUAGUAUAUAAUAAAGUGUUAUUUUUUUUAAGUAA